AUGGGUCGGAAACGGCCGUCGAAGGCCGGAUCUGGCUCAUCUCAGGGGUCCGACUCCACAUCCGGCGAUGCCGCUGCAUCAGGCGGGGGUUCGCGUGGUGCGAUGGUGGUAUCUGGUAGCUCUAGCAGCAGGCAAGGCGCAGGCGACAGAGGGGUUUCAGCGCAACAGGAGGAAGGAUUCAAGGGGAGAGGUCCUGGUUACCUUGAACCUUCAGAUCCGCGAUUCGCGGAGGUGAAAUCGGAAUGCGAAAAGGCAGUGAAGGCGCUUCGGCGGGGCAACGCCCCGAAAGCGGUGAAGCUUAUAAAGGAAACCACGGGGAAAUAUUCGUUCGUUCCGCUGUGCCACCGCGUGAACGGGCACAUCCACCUGAAACUCGCGAACAUGAUCGAAGAUGCUUCCACGAAGCAGCGCCAUCUACGCAUCGCGCUAGAAUCCGCGCUUAAAGCCACGGAACUCUCCCCGAACUCCGUCGAAUACUCCCACUUCUACGCGCAACUUCUCUUCGAAGCGGCCGAUGGGCGUGACUAUAGCGAGGUGCUGCGCGAGUGCCAGCGCGGGCUGGGAAUCGAAUCGCCGGUGGAUCCGGCGAAGGAGAGUCUGAAGGAGCUGACGACGCCAGCGGAGCGCGUGUCCAUCUGGCGCAGCUUCGGCAAAGACGCGGACGAGCGAUUCAAGUUACUGCAGGUGAAGAAGAUCUCAUAUGAUCCGAUCGAGCCGCGCUCGUCCCCGCCGCGGCGCAUUCACGAGGUGAAGCGCGUGGUGCGCACACUGGAGGAGCGCCGCCAGGAGAUUGAGGGGAUGAGUGGGGCGGGUGGUGCGGUUGUUGGAAAGGAGAGGGGGGACGCGUCAGGGAAGAGAGAGGGGGCGAAAAGGAAGGAGGUUGGGAAGGGUGUGGAGGAGAAGGGGAAGAGGGAGGGGAGUGAGGGGGGUGAUGAUGGCGAGAAGGAGGAGAAGGGGAAGAGGAAGGGCAGUGAGGACUGUGGCGAGAAGGAGGAGGAGAAUGAGGAGAAGGCGAAGAGGAAGGGGAGUGAGGACGGUGGUGAUGGUGAGAAGGAGGUGGAAGAGGAGGAGGAGGAGGAGAAGUAUGAAGCUUGUGCGAUGGAGUUGGAUGGGGAUGGAGAAGCGGAGGUAGCAGAGGAGGGAGCAGAUAAGGGAGCGGGGAAGGGAGGAGGGGGUGUAGAGGAAGGAGAUGUGGAUAUUGAAAAAGGAGAGGUCGCUGCUCUUGGCCAGACCAAAGGCAAGGAGGAGGGAGAGGUGGUGGGUGAGGAAGAAGGUAAGGAGGUUAGAGUUGGUAGUUGCAGGGAUCCGCGAUUCGCGGAGGUGAAAUCAGAAUGCGAAAAGGCAGUUAAGGCGCUUCGGCGGGGCAACGCACCGAAAGCGGUGAAGCUUAUAAAGGAAGUCACGGGGAAAUUCUCGUCCGUUCCGCUGUGCCACCGCGUGAACGGACACAUCCACCUUAAACUCGCCAACAUGAUCGAAGAUGCUUCCACGAAGCAGCGCCAUCUACGCACCGCGCUAGAAUCCGCGCUUAAAGCCACGGAACUCUCUCCGAACUCCGUCGAAUACUCCCAUUUCUACGCGCAGCUUCUCUUCGAAGCGGCCGACGGGCGUGACUAUAGCGAGGUGCUGCGCGAGUGCGAGCGCGGGCUGGGGAUCGAAUCGCCGGUGGAUCCGGCGAAGGAGAGUCUCCAGGAGGAGAGUCAGCAGGAGCUCGCGACGCCGGCGGAGCGCGUGACGCACGUGCAGAACGAGCUGCGCGGGCUGCAGCAGAAGGCCAACAUCGCGUCGUUCUCGACCAUCUGGCGCAGCUUCGGCAACGGCGCGGACGAGCGGUUCAAAUUCUUGCAGGUGAAGAAGAUCUCAGACGACCCUAUCGAGCCGCGCGCGUCGCUACCUCCGCGGCGCAUCCACGAGGUGAAGCGCGUGGUGCGCACACUGGAGGAGCGCCGCCAGGAGAUCGAGGAAGGGGGACGCGGAGGAGGAGGGCGCGGGGGGAAGGAUGGCGCGGGGGGGAAGAGGCGGGGGGGGCUGGACGGGGCGAAGAGGCGGAGGGAGGUGCUGGCGGGGAGGCGCGGGGCCAGGGCGCAAUCCGCUAUAGAGGAGAAGGUGGAGAAGGUUAGACCGUUUUGGAAGGCGCUGGGGCAGGAGGAGAAGGAUAAGAUUCUGGAUAUCCCCAUUGCUGACGUGUGCGAGGGCCUUGCCAAGUCAGCACGUGGCGGGAAGGGGGCGGGGGUGGGGAGUGCGGGCGGAGGGGGAGGCGCAGGAGGGGGAGGCGGAGGGGGAGGGGAAGGGGGAGGCGGAGGCGGAGGAGGAGGAGGAGGAAGAGGGGGAGGGCACGGUUCUGGUAUCAGCAGCAGUGGUGUUGGUACCGUUGGCUUGGGUGGUGAAUCUGCGGUGUCAGCUGCGGCAGCAGCAGCGGCAGCAGAGGAGCUUAUGUCUGAAGCGCUGAGUUUUGCCAAGGAGAGAAAGCACUGGCAGUUCUGGGCGUGCUGUCUGUGUGACGAGAGGUUUAUAGACGCGGAGUCGUUUCAGGCGCACAUGCAGGAGGAGCACAUAGGAAAGCUGAGUGCGGAGCAGGAGAGGAUGAUUCCUGAGGAGGAGGCGCUUUCUUGGGAGGAGAUUUUUACGAGGUUGGAUGUUACACCUGUGGAUGGUAUUGAGGCGGUGAGAAGGCUUGUAGAGGGGAUGAGUGGGGCGGGUGGUGGGGUGGGUGGGGAGAGGGGUGGGAAGGGUGUGGAGGAGAGAGAGGGGAAGAGGAAGGGGGGUGAGGAGGGUGGUGAAGGGGAGGCGAAGGAGGAAGAGGAGAAGAAGGAGGGGAAGGAGGAGGAGAAGGAUGAAGCAUGUGCGAUGGAGCUGGAUGGGGAGGGAACCGAGGAGGGAGAAGCGGAGGGAGCAAAGGAGGGAGCAGAGAAGGGAGCGGAGGAGGGAGAAGAAGGAGUAGAGGAGGUAGAUGUGGAUAUUGAAAAGGGAGUGGCUGCUGCUCUAGGCGAGACCAAAGGUGCGAGUGAGGAGGGGAAGAAGGAAUCAGGCGAGGAGGAGAGAGAGCUGGAGGGUGUUGCGGAAGGUAAGGAGGUUAAAGUGGGUAGUGACAGGGGUGGGAAAGAGGACGAAGAAGAUGAGGAGGAGGAGGAGGAGGAGGAGGAGGAGGAAGAAGAGGUAGGUGAAAGCAAGUUGGGAACAGAGGAAGGUGGUGGUGCAGGGGAAAAGGGCAGUGUCACUGAAAAGGAAGCAGCAGCAGCGGCAGCAGCUGCGGCGGCUGCGGCAGCAGCAGCAGCAGCAGCAGCAGAGGGUUGCAGACAUUGUGGGGAGUCACUGCAGUGUAGACGGCAUGCGAGGGCGCUACCAGUAGUGCAGGACAGGGAGAGGCAGCGGGAGCUGAUGCGGCUUAAGCAUAUAGUGGAGCGCAUGCUUAAAGCGGGGAUACUGACGCGGGAUCACAUGGCGCGUAUGGUGCAGUAUACUAUGGUUCAGGUGCAAGCCAUGGCGGAGAGAGCUUUAGAGGCGCCUGCCAUGCCUCAACAGUCGUUGCAGGUGGAAGGCAGGGCAGAGAGAGCGCAGAAGGGUUUGGAUGAGAGCGGGGGGAGUAGUGCAGAUGAAAAUUCACUCAAGUGGCCGAAUAAGGACGGGCUCGCUAAGGAGAAAUUGGAGGAGGGAGCAUGUAAGGAACGUUCCGUAGGCACGACUUCUGAGGAAGAAGGAACUCACAAUGCGUCUCGUAAGGGGUCUGGGUCUCUUGCACGCGCUCCGGUCACGUUCACCCCGUCGCCAGUCUUUGUGCGUUUCCUGCCAGCGCGCGAUAUACAGGAGCUGCAGGCGUACCUGCUAGAAGCGGAACAGGGGGCGUACUAUAACGAGAACAAGGAGGCUGUUCUGCCUGACAGAUUACUGCUAGAUGAGGAGUUCACGAGAAUCAUUUUAGACGAGCGUGUUUUGAAGGAUGUUGCGGAAGAGCCGAAGCUGCCUUUUAGGGAUGCUGUAGGCGGGAGGGUGGAGGCAGGAGUGGGGGAUGGAGGGAAGGAGGAGGCGGGAGAGGGAGGAGGGAUGGGGGAUGCUGCUGACGGUGGUGGUAGGGCUAAACAGAGGGGAGAGCAGGAGGGAAAGGAAGCUGGGAAGGAGGUGAAGGAAGAGGGACAGAAGGAGGCUAAGGGAGAGGAGCAGGAGGAGGAGAAGGGAGAGGGGCAGGAGGACGAGGGUCAGAAGGAGAGGAAGCAGAAAGACGGUAAGGGAAAGAAGGGGCAGAAAGACGGGAAAGAGGAGGGGGUGCAGAAGGACGGUAAGGGAGAGGCAGGUGAAGAGGCGAAUGGCGAGGAGAAGGGGGAGAAGGAGAAGGAGGAGAAGGAGAAGGGGGAGAAGGGGGAGAAGGGGGAGAAGGAGGGGAAGGAGGAGAAAGAGGAGAAGGAGAAAGGGGGGGAGGAGGAGGAGGAGUUGACAGUCGCAGUGCCUGAAGAUCCGAGUAUGAAGUGGCCUCUGCCCCUCAUGCGCGUGCGGAGAGGCGAAGGGGCAGCGGGAGGAGGAGCAGGGGGGGUGGUGAGUGGGGGAGCACAAACAGCAGCGGGCGGGGGCGGAGGGGCGGUUCCCACUGCUGGUACCCCUUCUUCUGGUGCUGGCAGUGGUGCUGGCAGUGGUGCUGGUGGUGCUUCUGCUUCUGCUGCAGCCGGUGGUGGUUCAACUGGUGCUGCUGACUUGCCCAAGCAUGAGGACCUGCAACUCGCUUGGAUAUUUGGGCGAAUGGAUUAUGAGAUGGCAGCGCCAGCAUGGCGGAGUGCUUAUAAAGAGGGCCUGGAGAAGGCAAGAGAGGUGAUGGAGGGGCUAGAUACGGAGUACAACUCGUUAAAGUCACAGUGCGAUAGAAGGAUAGAGCUGGGGAUUGCGGAACGGAAGCUGAGGAGAAUAGAGAGGUUGUUUGAGAAGGAGAGGCGGCGGAGGGAGAGGGACCCUGGGUAUGUGAAACGGUUUGCGAGUGUGCUUAAAAGGAGGAUGGAAGAGUUGGCUGAAGUGGAAGAGGAGGCUUUGAGGGGGAUUGCGGAUGAGGAGGCAAGGGCAGCGGAGGAAGGGCGGGGGAAGGGCGGAAGGGGAGGAGGGGGUGCGGAGAAGAGAGAGGAUGGGGGUAAGGAGGGGGGUGAGGAGGGGGAUAAGGAGGAGGAGGUGGAAAAGAGAGGAGAGGAGGAGGAUGUUGAUGAAGGGACGGCUUUGUUGGGUGGUGGGGAGCAGAAGAGAGGGGGAGAGAGGAGGGAUGCGAAAGUGGGGGAGAAAGAAGGAGAGGGGGAUGACGGGAGUGAGGGGGGUGAGAGGGGAGGGGUUGACGCAGGGAGUGAGGUGAGAGAGGGCUUAAAGGAAGGAGAGGGUGAGGGUGAGAAAGGUGCGGAUGGGGUGAAAGGAAAGGAUGGGGCAGGGGAAGAGGUGGGAGGGAAGGAGGAGGAAGGGGAAGGGGAGGGGAAGGAGGAGGGAAAGGAGGGCAAGGGAGAGGAAAAAGAGGAGGGAAAGGAGGACGAGGAAGAGGGGAAGGAGAAGAAGGAAGGACAGGAAGAGAGGAAGGAGGAGGGGAAGGAGGACGAGGAGAAGGGGAAGGAGGAGGGUGAGAGGGGGGAGAAGAAGCAGGCGAAGCGGAAGGUGUGGACAGAGAGGAGGCUGCGGGCGAAUAAGAUCGAGACAAUUCAUCUGUUUCUAUCCUCUAUCCUGCGCUCCUCUCACCUCCUCCUUUCUCUUCCGCCCCACUUCCUUCAGCCUCGCAUGCCGUGUGGCAAUGUGCUCUCCCUGACGCCCUCCCAUCUGGCCGGCACGUCCCCUCACUUCCCUCCUUCUGUCCCCCCUCAUCCCCCCCCCCCCCUCCCCUUCUCCCUUCCCCUCCACCCACCCUCUGUUCCCACAGCCUCGCAUGCCGUGUGGCAACCUGCUCUUCCAUUCGGGCGAGAUAUCCUCUUCUUCCCCCCAACUCCCUCAAACAUUCUUUGUCCCUCCCCCCCCUCCGCCUCCCCUCUUUCCCUCUUUCCCCUGCAGCCUCGCAUGCAGUGUGGCGACCUGCUCUCCCUGGCGCCCUCCCAUCUGGGCGGCACAUCUUCUCUCCCCCCCACUAACCCCCCAAUCAUUCUUCCCCUCCCCCUCCCCCUCCGCCUUCCCUCUUUCCCCCGCAGCCUCGCAUGCAGUCCUCGCAUGCAGUGUGGCGACCUGCUCUCCCUGGCGCCCUCUCAUCUGGGCGGCACUGAUUCGGAUGAGGACGAGCACGACAGCUGGCGGGGUCCAGAGUUUGCCUCUCCCCUUGCUCUCCCCCCCCCCGCACACCUCUCCCAGCCUCGCAUGCCGUGUGGCGACCUGCUCUCCCUCACGCCCUCCCAUCUGGGCAGCACACCCUGUUACUUCCCUCCUCCUGUCCCCCCUCAUUUCACAGACCCCCCGCUCCCCCCCCCGCACACCUCUCGCAGCCUCGCAUGCAGUGUGGCGACCUGCUCUCCCUCACGCCCUCCCAUCUGGGCGGCACUGAUUCAGAUGAGGACGAGCACGACAGCUGGCGCGGGCCUGAGUUUGCCGCCCAGCUGGACCCCACUAACCCCCCCAUCAUUCUUCCGCUCCCCCCUGCAGCCUCGCAUGCAGUGUGGCGAUCUGCUCUCCCUGGCGCCCUCCCAUCUGGGCGGCACUGACUCGGAUGAGGACGAGCACGACAGCUGGCGCGGGCCAGAGUUUGCCUCCCAGCUGGACCUGCGCAUGGAGGGCGCGAUCCGGAGCCACAGGAGCAGCAUUCUGGCCGAGAAGGAGCAAGCGGAGGAGAGGAUCCUGUGCCAUCUGGAGGCGGUGCAGAAGGCCAACGCCAAGCUCCACCAGGCGUCUGUGUUUGACUACCGCGCCGCCAUGCUGCCCAUCGUCAAGACCUUCCUGCAGAACCGCCUGGAGCAAGCAGCAGAGCAGGACGCGCAGAAACGUUCCGACGCUGCCCAAGAGGCGUUCCUUGCUGAGCUGGACAAGCAGGGGCAGGUAGAAAAAAACAGGGAAAAGAAGAAGGGCAGGGAGCGUGCUAAGAGUGGGAAGGGUGGUGGCGGGGGAGGGGGGGCGGGGGGAGGAGCAGGAGGAGGUGGGGGAGGAGGAGGGGGAGAGAGUACUAGUAGGGUGGCAGGAGCAGAGGGAGGAGGGGAGGGUGAAGGAAGAGAGGCAGGGGGCAGUAGUCUGCUGGGGGAUAAGGACAUUGAGGGAGGGAAUGAGGAGAGGGAGGAGGAGGCUCAGAGGCGAAGGGAGCAGCAGGAGAUUCUGAGGCAGCAGCAGGAGAUGGAGGAUGAGGAGAGGAAACUAGAAUGGGCGUUGUCCCUCCAGAGACAAGCAGAGGAGGCGGCGAAACGGCAGAGAAUGGCUGAAUUGGAACGGCUCAGGCUGAUGGGUGGUGGUGGUGAGGCUAAGUCAAGGGGGGAUGGGAGUGGUGGGAGUGCUGGGGUGCAAGAGGAGUGGGUUCGGCUGGUAGCAGUGGUACGAGGCCAAGAGAUGCUGACGGGAGGGAUGAAGAAGGGUGGGGUGCGGUGGGUGUGGGUCAGACUGGAGUGCGGGCUAAGGGGCUGGGUGGGGGGCGGGGUGGGAGGGAGGCGUCAGGAGGUGUGA